AGUCGCGCAGAAAAAUUGAGACUAUAGACUUAAUUUUGUACAUAGAAAAAGAACGAGUUAACAAUACUUUCUACUCAAUUUUUGAAAAACUUUUAAAAGCAUCUCUCUUAUGGCUUGAAGAUUUUGUCUGUUUUGAAUUAUAAACGAAUCAAUUCAAUUAAAAAAACGAACUAUUAGCCGAAGAUGGAGAUAAAUUCGGACCAUUCGUCCGUCAUGGACAUAGGGGCGACCAUGAACGAAAAGGACACUGCCACUGACCUUCAUGACCCCAUGAAGCUACUGACUGAACUUCUGAAGAAGUACCAUGGCCAACGGGAAAUGUACAGACGCACUUCGGACUUCUACUACAAACUGAACCUAUGGGUGUUCUUUCUCCCAAUUUUACUAGUUCAAGCUGUGACGACAUUGUUCACGUACAGUGCCAAAUGUACAGACGUAGAGAAUCAUGGUGUGUUCAAGGUCAUAGUAGCCAUACUGAAUGCGUUACUCACUGUAUGGGCAGCGGCACAACUAAAACUGGGGUGGAGUGUGAAGAAGCGAUCUGCGAACACGACCUUCCUCCACUACUCGGCCAUGACUCAACACGUACAAGUGUUCCACCUCAUUAUGGACUGCCAGCACAAGAAAACCUCAGAUGGCGUGUUGCACUUUGUGACCCGGUGUUACGAGGACGAGAAAGCGAUCAUGGACGGGGAGAUUCCAGUGCCCAGCUUCAUCGCUAAGGACUACAAACACAUCCAGUUCACCCUACCUGAAAAGGAGGAGAGGGGGGACAAAAAGUGGGCUAAGAAGAGAGGAGCCGGCAAACAGAGUGGGGCCAGCACAGAAAAUAGCAACAACAGCAGCAGCGACAAGAAAGCGAAGGAAGAGGCUGAAGCCAAUAAUUUGCUGGCGGAGGAGGAUGAUCUGCCAGAUGACGACCAGAACUUGAACAGCGGGAAACUCCUGCGGGCUUUGCUGGUCCGCUUCCGCCACCUCAAGUGGGUGUUCGGGGCAGGCGCUACCUACUACAGAUAUCUCAACCUAGGCCUGUUCUAUGCCCCGUUGUUGAUUCUGGGUACUGUAAAUGCAAUUCUGUCGGCCAUAAUUGUGGGAGAUCAAGACAGCGAGGUCUCACUUGUUAUAGUCAAGAUAUCGGCCAUUAUUUCUAUAGUCACAGGUCUGCAGAUGACGUUCCAGUGGGAGAGUGAGAGUACCAAGUGUGCGGAGGCUCACGAGAUGUACCGCAAACUAGACUCCGAGAUCAGCUACAGACUGAUGUUAGCUGAGCAGGGCGUGCCUAUCCGGAGGGCAAAUGCAUUUGCGUGGAAGUGUCGCCAGACGGAAGACAAAACUAUGGACUCCAUUCCAGGGGUGCCUUCUUGGGUCAUCAAAUGGGCCACAGACAAGAAGAGCAAAGACCCAGAGAUAAAAAAUAACGGAGUAGCUGUCACUGGAAGACAAACUGAACAAAAGAGCUCCAGAAGAGGAGGAACGGAGAGAAGUGCCAGCCGCAGUAGUCGAGAUCAGACACGAGAUGCUGGCCUUAUAUAAGAACCAAGACAACUGAUAAAAGAACCAAUGAGUCCAGUAUUGACUCCAUGAACUGAUCAUUAAAAAAUAACAAAAUCUUAUUUCAUCGAAAUCGAAUUUCUUUAACGAAAUCUAAUUUUAUCUAUA